AUGUCCGCUACUAAGAUUGGCCACGGCCUUGCCAAAGGCUUGGGCAUCAAGUUGAACUACCGUAAUGAAUUGAGCGAGGAGAUUCUUCGUGGGGAAUCAGUCUUCUCUUCACAGACCGCUGGAACAUAUGUCGAAGAAGAACCAACGAGUCUAGAAUGGGCUCGCGAGACCUUUCCUAACGGACAAGAACUUCGCGAAUACUGCUACUCUCUAUUUCCGUUCCUUCACUGGAUUGGUGCUUACAAUCUUCAAUGGCUCGCUGGUGAUCUCGUCGCUGGAAUCACGAUUGGUGCCGUUGUUGUCCCUCAGGGUAUGGCCUAUGCCGGUUUGGCUGGCUUGCCACCACAAUAUGGUCUUUACUCCUCCUUCAUGGGUGUCUUAAUUUAUUGGUUCUUUGCUACAUCCAAGGACAUCACUAUUGGUCCCGUUGCUGUUAUGUCUUCUCUAGUCGGUGAGAUUGUCACAGAGGCUGCAAAGACGCAUCCAAAGAUUCCAGGUCAUAUCAUUGCUUCCUGCCUGGCGGUUAUUGCAGGAUGUAUCAUAACCUUCAUCGGGCUGGUCAGAUGUGGUUGGAUCGUCGACCUCAUUCCCCUUGUCUCAAUUUCUGCCUUCAUGACCGGUUCAGCUAUCAACAUUGCCGUUGGUCAGACACCUGCAUUGAUGGGGAUUACUGGGUUCAGCAACAGAGAAGCUACUUACAAGGUCGUUAUCAACACACUGAAGGGCCUUCCAAGAACGAAACUGGAUGCAGCAAUGGGUCUUUCUGCUCUUACCAUGUUGUACUUGAUCAGAUUCGCAUGCAGUUUUGCAGCUAAGAAAAAUCCCGCACGCCAGAAGACUUUCUUCUUCAUUUCGACCCUCCGUACAGCAUUCGUCAUUUUACUCUACACGAUGAUAAGUUGGUUGGUAAACCGAAAUCACCGCAAGACGCCACUUUUCAAAAUUCUGAAGACUGUGCCACGAGGAUUCCAGCAGGCUGCUGUGCCGACAGUCAACUCCGAAAUCAUCGGUAUCUUCGCCAGCGAUCUUCCCGCGACCGUCAUUGUCCUUCUAAUUGAGCACAUCGCUAUUUCGAAAUCUUUUGGCCGUGUCAACAACUAUGUCAUUAACCCAUCGCAGGAGAUGGUCGCUAUCGGUGUCACCAAUAUUCUUGGCCCAUUUCUCGGAGGGUAUCCAGCAACGGGUUCUUUCUCCCGAACUGCCAUCAAGUCCAAGGCGGGCGUUCGAACGCCCUUCGCCGGUGUCAUUACUGCGCUCAUCGUCCUCCUCGCUAUCUACGCACUUCCAGCUGUUUUCUUCUAUAUCCCAAGCGCUGCGUUGUCUGCAGUCAUUAUCCACGCAGUCGGUGAUUUGAUCACUCCACCAAACACCGUCUACCAAUUUUGGCGUGUUUCACCUCUCGAGGUUCCAAUCUUCUUCGCCGGUGUCUUUGUUACAAUUUUCAGCAACAUCGAGAAUGGCAUCUACACCACAAUCGCUGCCUCGUUUGCGAUUUUAAUGUUCAGGUUGAUGAAAGCUAAAGGAAAUUUCCUCGGAAAGGUCAAGAUUCAUUCUUUCAAUGGGGAUCGUGUUGUCGGGACUACCGCCUCGCCUCACGACAACGGAACUUUCACCAAGUCAGGCGGGGCGCACGAGGAUGCUCUGGCCCGAAAUAUUUUCCUGCCAAUUGACCACGCCGAUGGAUCUAACCCUGAGAUCGACGUGCAAGAACCAUAUCCAGGAAUCUAUAUUUAUCGAUUCUCCGAAGGUUUCAACUACCCCAACGCCAACCACUACCUUGAUCAGCUCACCAAUGCCAUCUUUGCACGCACCAGACGUACCAAUCCUAACUUCUGGAAGAGACGUGGUGACCGCCCAUGGAACGAUCCAGGACCACGUCGCGGCAAAGCCGAUGAUGCUCACCUCGACCGACCGACCCUCAAAGCCGUCAUCCUCGAUUUCAGUGCCGUCAACAAUGUCGAUAUCACUUCGGUCCAACAACUCAUUGAUGUUCGCAACCAGCUCGACAAAUAUACCGCGCCCUCCAUCGUUGACUGGCAUUUCACAAACAUCAACAAUCGCUGGACUAAGCGUGCACUUGUUGCUGCUGGCUUCGGUUACCCAACCGUCGCAGGAGAUCAAGGUCAGAUUACACGCUGGAAGCCAAUUUUCAGCAUCUCGGAACUUGGUGGUGCGGAUUCGGCCGCCGCCGCUGCGGAUGCAAACGAGAAGGAGGCGGCAGCCCAACGCAGCAACUCACAUGGCAUCGCCAAAGACUCUGACUCCUUAUCCUCUUCAUCUGAUAUCAAGGGUACGGCAAAGGCUUCUGCAUUCAGACGUGCGGCGGUGGUCGUCACUGGUCUUAACAGACCCCUCUUCCACGUUGAUCUUACGAGCGCGCUCCAGAGUGCUAUUGCCAAUGUCGAAAAUAGAGAUGAGGUUGUUUUUGGUGAUCAGGAGACUGUGGUCUAA